AUGCUGGUUGAAAUCAAGUCUCCGCAGAUCGAUGCCGCUAAUAAAUCCUCUGACACAAAACUCCACCCUCUCCGAAAAAAUUCAUUAACCACGAUGAUAACAGCCACUAUAACCGCAACUGUACCAGAGGAUAAUUUAUAUGCAACACUAUCAAAAACAUUCCCAAACCGAUUUGUCACCUUCAAACCAAGAACAUCUCAUCUAGAUAGAGAAACCAUGGAUGCAUCAAAGAAUCCAUUAAGAGGAUUCUUUGUCUUAUUCUGGUUGGCAAUGGCAGUCUACGUUAUACAAACAAUCGUACACAAUCUAGAGUCGUUAGGAACAAUAGUUGAUUUAUCAUUCUUUGAGUUAUUCUCAAAAGACGCUAUUGUGUUAGCAUUAAGCGAUGCUUGUAUGGUUGGGGCUACAUUUUUUGAUGUCAUAUUGCAAAAGAUGAUCGCACGAGGAUGGAUAGAAUGGCGUUACACCGGAAUGGCUAUUCAGCAUCUUUACCAAGUGACGUUUCUUUUUAGUGCCGCCUAUUGGACAUAUUACAGAGGAUGGCCGUGGGUACAGAGCGGAUUUUUUGUUCUACAUACAAUAGCAAUGCUGAUGAAGAUUCACUCUUAUGCAUAUUACAAUGGUGACAUGUCAGCCUUUGCACAUCGAUUGCGCGUACUGAGAAAGGAGUACUCUCAGCUAGUGGGAGAGACCAAGAAAUCAGAAGACGGCGAUGAUGAGAAAGAAAAGAUCAGGCAGCAGCGUCUGAGCAGAUUACGUGCAUGGAUCGAGGAAAUCGAGAAUAUCAUAAAGAGUACAUCUGGAAACACAAGUUAUCCUGAUAAUCUCACCUUUGCCAACUUUUUAGAUUAUUUACUAGUUCCUACUCUUGUCUACGAGUUGGAAUAUCCGCGUACGGAAAAAAUCCGUCCUCGAUAUGUGUUUGAGAAAGCGUUAGCUACCCUCGGAAUCUUUUUCCUUCUGUAUAUGAAUACCGAGACCUACAUUAUACCUGUGCUUCCAAAUUCGUCGGGUUCAUUCUGGAGGGCUUUGUUACAGAUGUCUAUUCCGUUCAUGGUGAACUAUUUAUUGAUAUUUUAUAUUAUAUUCGAGUGCAUUUGCAAUGUGUUCGCCGAGUUGACACGUUUCGCCGACCGUCAUUUCUACGAUGAUUGGUGGAAUAGUACAACUUUCGAAGAGUUUGCUCGUAAAUGGAAUAGACCGGUCCAUCAUUUCCUCCUUCGUCAUGUAUACCAGUGGUCAAUUGACUCGUACAAACUCUCCCGCCGAGAUGCUUCUUUGAUGACGUUCCUCCUUUCCUCUCUCGUUCAUGAAUUGGUGAUGAUUGUUGUGAGCAAGAAGAUUAGAAUGUACAUGUUUCUGCUGCAAAUGUUCCAACUGCCAUUGAUUUGGGUGGGCAAUCUGCCUGCGGUUAAAGAAAGCAGAUGGCUAGGAAAUGCAUUCUUUUGGUUUUCAAUGAUGUGUGGUCCUCCAUUGCUGGGAAUAUUAUAUUGUAAUGAGGUGUUCGCUCUGUAA